AUUUCAGAUACUUAUUUAGACAAUGUUUUUUACAUAGGUUUACAUCAAGAUUUGUAUACAUACUUUCAAUGUCAUAGUAAGACAUGGCGAAACACGGUCAAGGCGUUGGGCGCCUGCACGACGACACAACCAAGGACGAGAUUGUGUCUAAAAUUCAUGCAAAUCGGAUCGGAUCGGAGUGGAUGUGGUGAUGAGCAAGUCCCGAUAAGUCCUUAUCAAUCAUCGAAUUGUACAAGUACAAUGCAUCCCGUUUACAAUUCCUCGCCGGAAGUAAGUCGUCUUGUUCUUCGUGAACGGACAACUUCCAGUUCGUCCUCGUCUACAAGGUCAUCUUUGACGAUAAGAUGUUCUUCGGACGGUUCCGAGGUGAAAAACGUGGAGGAAAAUGAAAAUGGGGACGGUGGUGGCGGCGACGAUUCCGCGACCACGUGCUCCUCCUCCUAUUUGGCCAAGGACGCCGCACUGCACGCCAUGAACGCCGAGUUGGAAAAGCGAUCCACCCAGAUUUUUGAGAAGAUUGAGAAAUAUUAUGCAAAUAAAUGUGGUGAAAAUAGUGUAAUUUGUGGAUCUGGCGAUGCUGCUCCGUUGUUAUUACCGGAAAUUGAGGAGAAUCUGAAAAGUCCACCGUUUUAUAAGUAUGAAGAUGUCGAAAGAUCGCUGGAUGCCAAAAAAGAUCAUGAUUUUGACGUCUGCUCGAGCGAUUCUUUUCCAACGUCCGUUUCGGGUGCGACCUGUCCGUCGUUAUCGUCGUCGUCAUCGUCUCGAUCGACGAUAAUUGGUCAUCGGAAAUUCGCUGCGACGACAAAUGACACGCAGGAUGUCGACAUCAAGGCGAGAAAACGGCUCCAAAAAGCGACCGAAUCCGUCGUUACGUGUCUGCAGAGUAAGCUCCUUUCACAUGAGGGACGUCUGGCCGAGCUGUAUGUCCAAUUCAGGCAAAAGAUCCAGGAGAACACGAUGCUCGAAGGAAAAACGCGUGCUUUGGAGGAUGACCGCGACCGUCUACUCAAAUCCCUCGCCACCCUCCAAACCGCGACAGAUAAGGCGACAAAAACCGCAGAAGUUGUAAAAUCAAACCUUUCCCUAAAAAGUCAAGCUUACGCUGCGCUUAAAAGGGAUUGCGACGCUCUUCGCCGCGACCAAAAACAAAAGUCUGCUACCCUGCAAAACCUACAAACUCGGUUAAAUCGCUCCCUCGACGAGUGCGAGCGGCUCAAACAGACGAAUCGUUCCCUGUUACAGAAUGCCCGGGAUAAACAGACUGAGGAGCGUCUCCUGAUUGAUGAACUGACCCAAAAAGUGGGUCAACUUGAACAGCAGAAAUCCAUUUUAAACGCGACCCUCUCAAAACAAUCCGCCCUCGUGAAAACAUUACGACAACAGCAGCACCGAAACUAAAAUAUAAUGAAAACUUGCAAACUUUGUAAGAUUUUUGAGUUAUGAA